AUUUCUAUGGUCGCGGUAUGUUCUCUCCGCGAAGUCGCGCCACGAUUCACGCGCAUAGUCUGGAGGGGGCUUAACUCUAAUCUGAAGAUCAAUUCAAACUCUGAAAAUAAAUAAUGUGUGAUUAUUUGGGUGCCAAAUGCAAAAAAAUAUGUGUAUACUAAGGAAAUUUGAUUAUACAAAUACAAGCAUGUGUAACAAGUUCGUUGAUUUUCUUACCGGAUGUAAAGUGACCUAACUUUUUAGUACCAUUUGGACUACAUUGAAGGUCUCAAGACCUCAAGUUCAAUAUAGUUUUGCCAAAAAUCUUCUACUUGUGUUUUAAUUUUUUUAUAGAAUGAGCUUUAACGCAGUAGCGUAAAGUUGAAUUUUAUUGAGCUCUCAAUUAAUUUUAUAAAGAAAUUAAAGUGCAAUCGUUAUAGAAAAUUUUGGAGGGAAACUUUGACACUUAUUUUUUCCAAAUUCUUUCUGUUUGUGGAGCGGUUGGAACAUGUUUUUGGCCAUCAUAACUGCCAUAAAUGCCAUAAUCGACCAUAGUGCGUCAUUCAUUACACUUACAGUAUAGUUGUAGGUGACAGAACUAAACAAAAGCUGCGAUAAAUAGUGGAAAACGUAGUAUAAAUAAUAUCAGGAAUACUAAUUGACUGCAAAAUCGCGAGAAUAUCCAUCACUAAGUCGUAAUUCUGUGAAUAGUAUGUGGACGUGAUAUUUGAUACAUUUGGAUCCUACAGUAAAACAAGCAACUGCUGGACUUUUUUCGAUGUUACGGUAGUUGAUAUUUUUUGGAGCGAUGUCUGCAAUAGCCACCGCCUCCGCUGCCACUGUGUCGGUGGACGAAGAUGCCGACGAGUGUGGACCGCAGUUGAUAUCUAAAUUAGAGGGCAAUGGAAUUACAUCAGGAGACAUCAAAAAGCUGGAGGAAGCGGGUUACCACACAGUUGAGUCAGUGGCAUAUGCACCGAAGAAAUGGCUGAUUACCAUCAAGGGCAUCUCGGAGCAAAAGGCGGACAAAAUACUGGCAGAGGCUUCUAAACUUGUGCCUAUGGGCUUUACUACUGCUACUGAGUUUCAUCAAAAGAGGGCAGAAAUUAUACAAUUAACAACAGGAUCCAAAGAGCUGGACAGGCUGCUAGGUGGAGGUAUUGAGACGGGCUCCAUUACGGAAAUAUUUGGAGAGUUCCGCACGGGGAAAACACAGAUAUGCCACACUUUGGCAGUCACUUGUCAGUUACCGAUUGAGCAAUCAGGCGGUGAGGGCAAGUGCAUGUAUAUCGACACGGAAGGCACGUUCCGGCCGGAGCGCCUGCUGGCCGUGGCGCAGCGCUACGGCAUGGAGGGCGGCGCCGUGUUGGACAACGUGGCGUACGCGCGCGCCUACAACACCGACCACCAGACGCAGCUGCUGCUGCAGGCCUGCGCCAUGAUGGCCGAGUCCAGAUAUUCACUUAUCAUAGUAGACAGCGCCACAGCCCUUUACAGGACCGACUAUUCAGGAAGAGGAGAGCUAAAUCCGCGGCAGCAGCACCUGGGCCGCUUCAUGCGGAUGCUGCUCCGGCUGGCCGAUGAGUUCGGCGUAGCAGUGAUAAUAACCAACCAAGUGGUCGCCCAAGUAGACAGCGUUGGAGUUUUCAACGCGGACACCAAGAAACCCAUCGGUGGGCACGUGCUGGCCCACGCCUCCACCACCAGGCUCUACCUGCGGAAGGGCCGCGGCGACAACCGCAUCUGCAAGAUCUACGACAGUCCGUGCCUGCCCGAGACCGAGGCCAUGUUCGGCAUCAGCACUGAAGGCAUCACGGACGCUAAGGAGUAGACUUAAGGCUCAAGAAUAUAAUAGACGUAUCGUCGUUUAUUUGGAACGCGAACCACCGCUCGCGCCGCCCAAGCGGCACGAUCAAAAUGUAUGGACUUGGAUGAACCUGUUUUGGACGUCGACGCUCCGCUCGCCGCGUGCGUCCUGUCCGCGGCCUGAGGGGUCAUGUACCGAUAAAUUACGUCACACGAAUCGGCAAGAUUUUUUGACCCCUCCCCCCUCCUAGUCGCUGCUGGUUUCAUUUGGCAAACCCCUCCUGGUGUUACUUCACAUAUUUUGUUUUUAUUCGACGAUUUGAAUAAAAAAAUUUUUGGUAAAAAACAAUGUUAGAAAUCCUAUACCACGUGACAGAUUAAAAAUAAAAAUUAUAUGAAUUAAAACGAUUAUCAUUGCAAAAAAGUAGUUUGUUUAUUCAAAGUUUGUAACUCCCCCCCCUUCUCACUACAUGUCAUAUUUUCUUGAGCCUGCCUCCCUCUAAACGUGUGACGUAAUUAAUAAUUGACCCCUCAUGGGGCUCUCAGGUUCCCUUGACUCUGCGUAUGCCCUUGUACAUUACAGUCCAAAUUGUCUGGGACGUAUCCGGGACAAGGCGUACGAACGAUUGGUUCCAAUUGCGUCGGUACCCCAUAUGUAACAUAAGGUGAGAGUCAGAAUGGCGGGUGUACCUAAAUAAAAUUAAAUGAAAACCAUACCAUAUUUUUGUACCUAAUUUGUACUAUUUAGUACCUCCUUUAAAAAAAAUUGUACAUCACGGUACUUAAAGUUAUCACCAAAAAACAGUACACCCGCCAUCCUGACAGUCAGAAUGUAGAAAGUAAGACAUGGAAACCACAAAUAAAAUGACUCUUAUUAUAAAUGAAUAUGAAGGUACAAAAAUUUGGCUUUUAUAGAAUUUAUCAAUAACCAUCGGAACAUAGCGUAAGUACACCCGCCAUUCUGACUGUCAGGAUGGCGGGUGUACUAUUUUUUGAUGAUAACUUUAUGUACCGUGAGGUACAUUUUUUUAUAACGGAGGUACUAAAUAGUACAAAUUAGGUACAAAAAUAUGGUAUGCUUUUCAUUUAUUUUUAUUUAAGUACACCCGCCAUUCUGACUCACACAACAUAACACUACCUGAAGUUCCGUUAACGAUAAGUUUAUUGUAUUUUACAUGUAGCGUAGUGCGGUUGACACGUCAUGACGCGAUAAAAUAGAUUUUUCCCACUAGUUACCACCAAAUUUUUACCAGUGGUAACUACUGGGAUUUUUUCCCUACCUUUUACCAGUGGUAACUACUUGGUGACAACUAGUUGGAAUAACCGAUAAAAUUCGACAUUUUAUGUGUAUGAAGAGGAAAUAAUACCUAUUUAUUAAAAAAAAGAAAAAAGCUAACCAUGACAGAUGACACCCGCACGAUGACUCAUGACGAAAUGUAGUAGGUAAGGUAUAUUCGGGUAAUUUCAGAUAUUAAGUAAUUCCGAAAAUCAUUUAUAAAUCACGCAUAUUCCGUUGUAAUAAGUUUCUUUUUGGAAUGACCGCCAGUUUUUUAAUUUAGUGUUCUUUUCUUUCGGAAUUACCCGAAUACACUAUUGUUUUUUUUUUCAUGGACAAUCUGUAAUUUAAGCUGCAAACAAUAUUGAUUUUUUAAUUUUAUUUAGUCAUUUCCUUAAUUUAAUUUUAUUGUAAAUACGUAAUUGUAAUUCUCAGUGAGACAAAUAAAAAUAUGAAUUAUA